GUUCUUUUACUCGUCAAACAGGUUCUGAUUCCUUCUAUUCCCUUUGCCUCCCUCUUGUUUCCUAAAAAAACAUAAUUAAAGAGAGAGGGAACUCUCUCUCUCCCCCCCCUCUCUCUCUCCUUCUCUCCUAUGUGUGCGUUUUCCCAUCACUCUCUGAACCGUGAAAAAGGAAUUAAGUAAAAGGAGGGUCUUUACCUUUUCAAGUGGCUCAAUGGGAGAGAGAGUAGAGGAAAAAGAUAAAGGGGUUUUAAUGGUGGAUGGGUUAAUUGAGGGUAUGCCUAUUUUUGUAAAAGAGCUAAUCGCGGGUGGAGUGGCUGGUGGAUUUGCCAAGACUGCUGUUGCCCCUCUUGAGCGCAUCAAGAUACUUUUCCAGACCAGAAGAGCUGAGUUCCACAGUCUUGGCCUGUUGGGAUCCUUUUCAAAAAUUGCAAAAACAGAAGGGGUGCUUGGUUUUUACAGAGGGAAUGGAGCUAGUGUUGCACGUAUAGUGCCUUAUGCGGCAUUGCAUUACAUGGCAUAUGAAGAAUAUCGAAAAUGGAUAAUCUUGGGGUUUCCUGGCUAUGGGACUGAAGUUCUAUUUUUAUGAAGAGAUGAAAAGGCAUGUUCCAGAAGAUCACAAAAAGGACAUUACGGUCAAACUUGUGUGUGGCUCAGUCGCUGGUUUACUGGGUCAGACUUUCACUUACCCUCUUGAUGUUGUCAGGCGGCAAAUGCAGGUAAGAGUUCAUUCGUUGUCUGAUAUUUAUGAAUACCACCUUCUAAUUUUGAUGUAAUUACAACAAAACCCAGUCUUUCAAAUUGCAAAACACCCUUUUGUGAGUUUAACUUUAUUAUAUUUAUAGGGGGAGCUGUAAUUAUUUCUUUAUAUGUGACGGUGGUUUUUCAAAUUUUUUGUUUAUGAAUGAGGAAAAUAUAAGAUGGAAUCUUUGUGUGUUUUUGAAAUUUCUGUGUGUUUCGUUGUAGAUGUCUCAAACCUUAGAGUAGUUUUGUAAGGGAAAAAUUCAUGUAUUGUACCCCAAUUUUGCCCCGAUUUAACUUUUGGUACAUGAAGUUUCCACUUAAUUAGUUUUGGUACUCAACAUUUCGUCUGAUAAUUACUUUUCAUCCGUUCCAUUAAAAGCCAUUUAAAAACUAAUGGUCUUAGUCCAUUGCUGUCUGCUGCUGCCGGCGGAAAAUUUGCAGAAAAUCCUAAAUAAUAAUAACAAAGAAAUGUUGAAAAUAGAGUUCCAGUGGGCCAUAUGAACUCCAAAUGUACAAUUGAUUUGGGGUAUUGCGGCUCAUGAAAAGAGGAACAAAACAAUAAUAGUUCAUCCAUCAAUUUUAGACAAUCAAAUCAUGAUUACUUG